AUGCAGCAGGAGGUGUCGGAGCUGGAGGCCCUGGUGGCCGCCGCCUGCGCCAGAGGCGUGGAUGCGGCGCGGUGCCGAGACGUGGUCGAGGACGCCGUGAGGCGGGCGCGGCGCAGGGGCAGCAUGCUGCCGCACCUGGACAGCAGCCUGCUGCUGUCAACCCUAGAGCAAGCCAAGAGCGAGAUAGCCAGCCUGUCAGACGUGACUGCCACCAAUGCCGAGGUGAUGGAGCAGGAGCUCCUGCAUCACGAGGAGAGGGCCGAGGAGCAGGCCGCCGCCGGCAGCGAGGAUGUGGCGGCGGCCUCGGUGCAGUCGCUGCCAGACACCCGUACCGCCAAAGCGGCGGCGUCCAGCAGCAGCGGCCAGCAGGGCUCGGUUGUGGGCCUGGGCGAGGAGGACGCCAGCGCCCACAGCGGCGGCCUGGCGCCGCCCACGCCCAGCCAGCCGCCGGGCGGCGCGCUGAGCGCGGCAGACGCGGUGGCUCCCAUGCGAGACUUUGCUUCAGACGUGGCCGCAGAGGCCGCCGCCGAGGCGGAUGAGGACCGCUUCUUCCGGCACACGCUGUCCAUGAAGGCCAGCAAGUCGGGCGACUUCCGAGUGGCCCAGUCGUACGAUUUCGAGACGGCCGUGUCGCCGAGGGCCGCCUACCACGUUCGGGACGAGCCCUUCCGCUUCUCCUCCUCCUCCGACAAGGGCGGCUCCUCUGUGUGGCAGCCCACCGCCGCGGAGGAGGAGGAGGGGCAGGAGGAUCUGCUGGUGUACAGCCGCAGCACCCCUGGGGGUGAGGAGGCGGAGCCAGGGCAGGAGGAGGAGGAGGAGGAGGCCGUGGCUAGGCCUGCCGCAUACGCGCCCGCCGGCCCCUGGGCGGCAGCCGCCCCGCGGCACGGCAGCUAUGGCAGCAGCCGCUGCUGCUCCAGCAUCCCGCCGGGCCUGAAUCCCAUGGCUGCGAUCGAGGGGGGAGUGGAGCACGAUGAUGAGCGGGAGGCGAUCGACCCCCAGUCCCCCACAGGCGUGGGCCAGCUGGACCUGCGCAGCUACAACGAGGCGCCCUUCAGCCUGCACAGCGUCACGCCGCCACGCCACGUCAUGGCUGAGCUGGCGGCGGAGGUGCAGGGGCAGUUGCGGCUGUGA